AUGGCUGCAGAGAGGGAGUCAAGUGUGGUCAAUGAGACAGUGAAUGGACUGCUCGGAUUAGUGAGAGGGGAGUUGGCAGCAUUGAGGGGGGAGCUGGUAGUGGUCAGGGAGGAGGUGGCUCGACAGAAGGAGCGAGUAGCGAUGCUGGAUGAGAGAAACCGGGAUUUGGAAAAUGAGUUGAGGCGUGCACUGGGUGUUGUGGAAGAGAGGAGUGUGGCGACUGCUGCUGUGGUGGAGGAGAAGGGGAGAGAGAUUGCGGCAGCGAAGGGGGAUCUGAUUCGAAUCAAUGCAGAGUUGGCAGUAGUGAACGGGAAUCUGACUGCAGUGACGGGGAAGUUGGCUGCAAUUAAAGGGGAGGUGAUUGCAAUGAAGGGGGAGGUAAAUGCAGUGAAGGGGAAGGUGGGUGCAGUGAAGGGGGAGGUCAAUGCAAUGAGGGGAGGGGUGAAUGCAGUCAAGGGGGAGGUAAAUGCAGUGAAGCGGGGGGUGAGUGCAGUGACGGGGGAGGUGAAUGCAGUCAAGGGGGAGUUGAAUGCAGUGAAGGGGGAGUUGGCUGAGCACAAUCAGUCAACUGCAUUGCGGCUGGAAGAGGCUGAGAGAAAACGAGUGGCGGAGAUAAGGGAGAUGAGAGGGCAGGUGGAGGAGAGGGAGAGGAAGCUGGCAGCAGUGAAGAAAGAGUUGGACGCACACAAGAAUGCCCGCUUGAAGGUGGACGUUGACUUGCAAAUCAGGCAGAGUGAAGGCCAUCAGAAGACUGCAUGGGAGCAACUCAAGUCACAAUCAGGAGAGAACGAUUUGAGUCUAUCGUGCCUCCAAUGCGUCUCAGACGCCAUGCUCGCCCACGUGUCCACAAUGACGCGUCUGACAAGAUUGGACUUGGAAUUUAGCGCUGGCUUCAGUGCAGAGGGCAUCAAGCACCUCUACAGGCUGCCACGGCUGCAGAUGCUGAGCCUCCAAUACACAGAAAUCUCGGACAUUGCCCUCGAAGGGAUCGGGUCCUUGACCAGUCUUAAGAAGCUUUUUCUCCAUCAGUCCAAGGUGACCGACGCUGGCCUGCUGCACUUGACAGCUCUGCCCUCUCUCACAGUGCUGCAGCUUUCUGAAUGCAUGAGUGUGACGAAUGCCGGCAUGGUGCACGUGGGGAGGCUGACAGGGCUUGAGGUUCUUUGGUUGAUCGGCAUGCCUGUCACGAAUGAUGGGCUGCGCCAACUGACUGCCCUGACCAAGCUGAGAGUUCUCUUGCCGCCAGAAGGGGGUGAACUCGGGAAAGAUGAUGCACGCAGGCGGAUAGGUUGGUAG